AUGGAAGUUUUCGACUUUCCUGAUCAAUCUUCUUGCUUGAAGGAUCUGGGGGCCUCCGAUUACUACUGCCCUGCUUGCGCGGCAAAAUUUAUUUUUGAAUUGUCAGUUAAGAAAAAUCGCAGCCGAAAUGCAAAUAUGUUCCCUUUGAUUUUGAUUUUUAUUAAGAAACAAAAGAUGACGCAGUUAGCAGAGUAUCAUGCGCGUGCUUUUCUACUAAACCCCAAAAGCGACCUUCCAUUAAAGAGCGGAACCAGAAGUUGCUUGCUUUCUUACAAGAUAGCUGUUCAUCAAGAAUGUCAUGGAGCAAGAAACGUGAAGGAUUUCACUUAUUGGACUUGCAAAGCAUGUGAAACACGAGAUAUUAAGAGGGAGUGUUGCCUUUCUUCUGUUAAAGGUGGUGCUCUAAAGCCAACCGAUGUUGAGACAUUAUGGGGUCAUGUUAUAUGUGCUUGGUUUCAACCUGAAGUCUCAUCUGCAAGUGAUGAAAAGAUGGAACCUGCUCUUGGGAUUGUAAGCAUCCCUUCAAAUCUUUUGGCUCCAAAUCCAGACACGGUUUUGAUCAUACACACUCCUGCAGGAGUGUUUUCCGCCAAAAGCCUUGUUCAAAAUAAGAAAAGGGCUGGUACUAGGCUAAUUGCAUCUAAUAGAAUAAAAAUUGAAGAGGUGUCAACAGAAGAAGCUACUGAGUCCGAGCCACUCUCUGCUGCGAGUUGUUGGGUCAUCAAAAGAGUGAACAACAACAAGGUAGUAGAGGAGCCUAAAAGUUUUCUUCUUUCAGGGAAAGGCUUUACCACUCACAUGCAGAGAACUGAAAAUGACCGAGUUUGCUUUGUGAGAUUUGGAAUACAUGGAUGGGGCCUCUUUGCACGAAGAAACAUCCAAGAAGGAGAAAUGGUUCUUGAGUAUCGUGGUGAACAAAUGAGAGGCAGUAUUGCAGAUCUUAGGGAGGCUCGCUAUUGA